AUGAUUCCAUCUAGAAAUAACCAGAAGAUUAUGCUGAGAAAGGGACAGCUGGAGUGCCCCUUUGCUCAAGAUAAGGGGCAGCAAUUGAAGAAAUGGGAAGGCUACAGAGACUGGAGAAAUAGACCAGCCUUGAAAGGCCGUCAUGGUGGCAUGCUUGCUGCCUCCUUUGUCUUAGUAGUGGAAGUCUUGGAGAAUCUAGCAUUCCUGGCAAAUGCAAGCAAUUUGGUUCUUUAUCUGUCAAAAUUCAUGCAUUUUUUACCAUCUAGUUCGGCCAACAUGGUUACCAACUUCAUGGGCACCGCCUUCCUCCUUGCUCUCCUUGGUGGCUUCUUAUCUGAUGCCUACAUUUCCACCUAUUGCAUCUAUUUCAUAAGUGCAACAACAGAAUUUAUUGGUCUGUUGAUACUCACACUUCAAGCUCAGAUACCUUCACUGAAACCUCCAGUCUGCACAUCAGUUAACAGAAACAUUCCAUGUGAAGAAGUUGAUGGAGGAAGAUCAGUGAUGUUAUUUGCAGGCCUCUAUUUGGUAGCACUAGGUGUUGGAGGAAUAAAAGGUUCGCUUCCUCCGCAUGGAGCAGAGCAGUUUGAUGAGCAUACCCCACCUGGAAGAAAGCAGAGAUCAACAUUCUUCAAUUAUUAUGUUUUUUGCCUCUCUUGUGGAGCACUAAUUGCAGUCACAUUUGUGGUGUGGAUCGAAGAUAAUAAGGGCUGGCAUUGGGGUUUUGGAAUCGCCACUGCUGCCAUAUUGAUCUCCAUACCAGUUUUCCUCCUUGGCUCAGCUUGUUACAGAAUUAAAAUUCCCAGUGGAAGCCCUAUCACAACAAUGUUCAAGGUCUUGGUGGCUGCAAUUUAUAAUGCUUGGGUUCUGAGGAAUUCUGGCAAUGCUAUAGAGAACAUGAGCACAACCUUGUCAUGUACAACUGAGGCUGGAGAGGACGAACAACAUUGUAGAGGAAACGCAGAAAUCCAGAGUGCAACGGAAGACCUCAAGUUUCUUAACAGAGCAUUAAUGAGCACAUCAACACCACCAUGGCUCAAGUGCACGACAAAACAAGUGGAAGAAGUGAAAACUGUCCUUAAGAUCCUGCCAAUUUUCAUGUCAACCAUUAUGCUUAACUGCUGCCUUGCUCAGCUUUCCACUUUUUCAGUCCAACAAGCAGCCACCAUGAACACUCAAGUUGGAGGUUUAAGAGUUCCACCAGCUUCUCUUCCAGUAUUUCCUGUGCUGUUUAUAAUGAUACUUGCACCAGUCUAUAACCAUGUUAUAGUACCAAUUUUCAGAAAGUUGACCAAUACUGAAAUGGGAAUUACUCAUUUACAACGAAUUGGAACCGGCCUAAUUCUUUCAAUUGUAGCCAUGGCUGUUGCAGCUUUAGUCGAGAUGAAGCGAAAGAGAGUGGCAAUACAAUCCGGCCUAAUGAACUCAACAGAACCUCUUCCAAUCACAUUCCUUUGGGUGGCACUUCAAUACGUGUUCCUUGGUUCAGCUGAUCUAUUCUGCCUAGCUGGCAUGAUGGAUUUCUUCUUUACAGAGGCCCCAUUUAGCAUGAGAUCAUUAGCAACAUCUCUCUCAUGGGCUUCAUUAGCCAUGGGUUAUUAUCUCAGUUCAGUGCUUGUAGCAAUAAUCAACGAUAUAACUCGGAACUUUAGUCGAACUCCAUGGCUCGAUGGCAGUAAUUUAAACCAUUAUCACCUGGAAAGAUUUUACUGGUUAAUGUGCAUAUUAAGUGGUCUGAACUUCUUGCAUUAUUACUUGUGGGCACGACACUACAGGUAUGCAUCAUCAACGCCUGAUGAUCAGAAGGAAAUUCAAUUACACUAA